CUUUUUUUAAAAACUGAGGAAAUUGAAGUCUGAAGGGCAGGGAAUACCGUUAUUUAUCCCUCCACACCAGUCUAUCUCACUGUCGCUCUUCAUUCUCUUUUUGUAUUCCAAACUCUCUCUCUCUCCCUCUAAUCUCCGUUUAAAUCCAUGUCUGAUCUGAAGUCGACAUUCUUGAGGUUCUACUCUGUUCUCAAGCAGGAGCUCCUUGAGGACCCAGCUUUCGAAUGGACACCAGAUUCCCGUCAAUGGGUCGAGCGGCUGGUGGAGUACAAUGUGCCUGGAGGAAAGCUGAACAGGGGGCUCUCUGUGCUUGGAAGCUACAAAUUGUUGAAAGAAGAACAGGAAUUAACCGAAGAAGAAAACUUUCUUGCAAGUGCUCUUGGUUGGUGUAUUGAAUGGCUUCAAGCCUAUUUUCUUGUCCUUGAUGACAUUAUGGAUAGUGCUCAUACACGACGUGAUCAGCCUUGCUGGUUUAGGGUCCCCAAGGUUGGUCUGAUUGCAAUAAAUGAUGGAAUUUUGCUUGGCAAUCACAUUUUCAGGAUUCUUAAAAAGCACUUCCGAGGGAAGGCAUACUAUGUAGAUCUUCUAGAUUUGUUUAAUGAGGUGGAGUUUCGAACAGCCUCAGGGGAGAUGAUUGAUUUGAUUACAGCACUUGAAGGAGAGAAGGAUUUAUCUAAAUACACUUCGUCACUUCACCGGCGAAUUGUUCAGUACAAAACUGCAUACUACUCAUUUUACCUUCCUGUUGCUUGUGCAUUGCUAAUGGUGGGUGAGAAUCUGGAUAAUCAUAUUGAUGUAAAAAACAUUCUUGUACAGAUGGGAAUCUACUUCCAAGUGCAGGAUGAUUAUUUGGAUUGCUUUGGUGAUCCGGAGACAAUUGGUAAGAUAGGAACAGAUAUUGAAGAUUUUAAGUGCUCUUGGUUGGUCGUGAAGGCUUUGGAACAAUGCAAUGAAGAGCAAAAGAAAGUGUUAUAUGAGCACUAUGGGAAAGCUGACCCAGCAUGUGUAGCAAAGGUGAAGGUUCUCUAUAAUGAGCUGAACCUUCAGGGGGUAUUUACGGAGUAUGAGAACGAAAGCUAUGAGAAACUAACCACCUCCAUUGAAGCUCAUCCUAGCAAGUCGGUGCAAGCGGUGUUGAAGGCCUUUUUGGCCAAAAUUUACAAGAGACAGAAAUAAAAAAUGGGUUUCCAAGAACAUGGACAAAGAUUGGAUGAUGUUGAAUAAUGUUGGUUUAGUUUGUAGUUGUAUCUGUGGUUUCCUCAUCCUAGAGAUUCAAAUCUAUGGGGUCGAUAGUAAAUUGGAUGAAUUAAUAUGAAUUAACUUAUUAUUCAUUCGAUUUGAUCGAUUCUUUUUUUAUAUAAUUAUUAGACUCUUUAUUUUCAAGAUUUUAGAUUUCACUUUAUUUUUAUUAUGAAAUAAUUAUUUUUUCUACAUAUUAUUUUAAUUUAUUCCAUCAAAUUAUAAAUGAAUAAAAUAUUAUUGCAUGAAAUAAAUUUUGGUCCGAUUCUGAGUCCAACCCAAAUAAUGGCCGGCCAACCCAAACAGUGGGUCAGUGGCUACAAUUCUCUGGACUGAGCUCAUUACAUUAAUGGCCUUCUUCAUUGCUGAUGACCAUUGACCAACAAAUAGUAGGGUAGCUUACCCAAAUUCUCCAGGUACAGUUGGGUUCUGGCAAAUUAAUUAUGACAAUAACUGUAAUGAAAUCUGCUAUUUGGAGCUUUAUGUUUCCUGUGCAAGUAAUGAUGCUACUGUUAAUUUUAGAGGAUGUUUAAUUUAACUGUUAGACACAGUUAAUAAUUGAUAUGUAUAUUUAUCAGUUACUUUUUCUAUCAACUUUAAUUAUAGAGUUGUUGGUGAAUGGUAAUAGAAAUUUCUUUUUAUUUAUCA